CGGCCCGCGUGGUGGAGCAGCAUUCAACAAAUUUGCAGAUAGGGGUGGCCGUGGAGGAGGUGGUAGCGGUGGUGGAGCUGGUGCUGUGGACCGUGGGGCUCCUGGUGGCGGCCCAGGUGGACCUGGUUAUGGAUUGGGACAGGACAUGGAGGUCCAGGAGGACACCAUUUUUGUCUCCAACAUGGGACAGGAUGUCACUGAAGAAAUCAUCAUUCAGCAUUUUGGGAGCAUCGGUGUCAUCAAAACGGACAAGAAAACAAAUACUCCUAAAGUCUGGAUCUACAAGGAUAAAUUGACCAACAUGCCGAAAGGGGAAGCUACUGUGACUUUUGAUGACUCCGACACCGCUAAAGCUGCCAUUGAUUGGUUUGAUGGUAAAGAUUUCCAGGGACGAGUCAUCAAAGUAGAGCUGGCACAGAGACAGAAGAGUACAUUUGUUCGUGGUGGAGGACGAGGUGGAGGCAGUGUUGGAAGAGGCGGCGGUGGUGGCGGCUUUGGAAGGGGAGGUGAUCGUGGAGGAAGGGGUGGAGAACGAGGAG